AUAUCUACUGGAAAAAAAGCAUUUGAUGGUAUUCCUUUUGAUGCGGAACUUUCUUCAAAAAUUUGUGAUGAAAAUGAACAACCAGAAUUUGGUGAAGGAACUCCAGAAUUCGACUCUACUCAGCUUAAGUUUAAACAAUUAUGA